UGAAGGGGUCUGCUGAAGGGAAAGGACAUAACAAUAUGCAAAGCGGGCAGGCAAAAGGCAAUGGCCUCGGAGCGGGGGUGUCCGGGCCGGAAGAGUAUGGGUGACAGCGGAAGGAAAAAAGAACCGGCCCGCCCAUUUCAGAGCCGCACCCACCCGCCAUUACCGUCCUCUCAAAAUGCUCGAACGCCAAACAACCCUCUCCCUCGUCGACAUUGCCUCCACAAUCGAGCUCCAACCCGACGGCCGGCUCUCCCUCACCAGCUUCCACAACACCCCCGCGGCAUGGGCGACCGAGGAACGCGCCAUACGCGGCGGUGGGGGCCAGGUUCCGUCCGACUCUUAUAGCGAGCUGUUUCAGCCGGCGCCCGAUGAGUCGCCGCUUCAGCAGCAGCAGCAGUCGAGGACGGGGUCGAGGAUAGAGGUCGAGAGGGUGCCGUUCAUGAAUGUCGUGAUUCAGAUUGUAGGGAGUAGAGGGGAUGUUCAGCCGUUUUUGGCACUUGCAAAGGCCUUGCAGGAUUAUGGACAUAGAGUCCGGAUAGCAACGCACGAGACCUUCCGGACGUGGAUCCGGCGCAACGCGGUCGAGUUCUACCCGAUCGGCGGGGACCCUGCAGAGCUGAUGGCGUUCAUGGUCGAGAACAAGGGCGUCAUCCCGACCUAUGCGUCUGUCGCAAAGGGAGAUGUCGGCAAGAAAAGGAAGAUGAUUAGGGAGAUACUGCAGGGGGCUUGGAGGAGUUGUGUGUUGCCUGAUGAUGAGACUGGCGUACCGUUCCAAGCAUCCGUUAUCAUCGCCAACCCACCAUCGUUCGGCCACAUCCACUGCGCCGAGAAGCUCGGAAUUCCCCUCCAUAUGUCCUUCACAAUGCCCUGGCUCCCCACGAUCUCCUUCCCCCACCCCCUCACCAACAUCGACCACAGCAAAACAGUCAGCAAGCUCCUCAACAAGAUGAGCUAUGGCAUCGUCGAAACCCUCACCUGGCUCGGCGUCGGCGACGUCGUCAACGAGUUCAGGGUGUUCAGUCUCGACCUGAGACCCAUGAGCGUGCAGCAGGGCACGCAGACUGUGCAGGAGUUAAAGGUGCCGUGGAGUUUUUGUUGGAGCCCGAGCUUGAUUCCGAAACCGGUCGAUUGGGGGCCACAUAUCGGCUUCUACUUCCUCGACCAAGCAACCACCUACACGCCCCCCGCCGAUCUCCAGAACUUCCUCGCAUCCGGCCCACCGCCCAUCUACAUCGGCUUCGGCAGCAUCACCGGCCACGACCCCGUGAAAUUCACAAACACGAUCCUCAAGGCCGUCAAGCUCGCCAACGUGCGCGCUAUCAUCUCCAAGGGGUGGAUGGGGAUGGGCGAUGGUGGUGCGGGUAUAGCGAAGACGGUGGGCACUGAGGAUCCACCGCCAGAUCCGAAUGUGUUUUUCAUUGGGGAUUGCCCGCAUGACUGGCUGUUCAAGCAUGUGGCGGCUGUGUGUCAUCAUGGCGGGGCGGGGACGUUGAGUGCCGGGUUGAGGUAUGGCAGGCCGACGAUUGUGGUGCCGUUUUUUGGGGAUCAGUUUUUCUGGGGGGCUAUGGUUUAUCGGAUGAAAGCCGGCCCCCUCCCCCUCCCCGCCGUCACACUCACCCCCGCCGCCCUCGCCAACGCCAUCACGGCGGCGCUAACCCCCGAAACCCGCCGCAUCGCGCAACGCAUCUCGGAAGAAAUGUCCCAGGAAGACGGCAUCCAAGCCGGCGUCACCUCCUUCCACCGCUCGCUCCCCCUCCCCCACCUCCACUCCGACCUCAACGCCACCCACGCGGCAGCGUACAAGAUCCCCAAAAUGAAACUCAAAGUCUCCCGCCCCGUCGCGCAGGUGCUCGUCUGCGCGGGGCUGAUCACCGAACGCGAUCUGAGGGUGUUGAGGACCCAGAAAUGGUUUGUCCCGCACGACCACGACGGGAUCCCCGGCACCGCGGCGGUCCGUGUGCUCGGCAACGCGGUGCGGGUCGUUGUCUCCUACCCCGUGCUCCGUGUUCGGCAGGUCCGGGACCGCGGCGGGGGCCGCGUGCGGGAGGCGGUCGCGGCGGUGCUUGGGGUCCUUCUCGCGCUCCUCCGAUGGGUGUUUGUCCCCUUCGAGGUCGUGUACCACACCUUCAACGAGAUCGCGGACGCCGUCACCAGUCUCCCGCGGCUGUACGACCAUACCUUCACGCCGCGCCCGACACCCCCGAUAAACGAUCUGCCCGCCGGGCUGCGCGAGGGGUGCAAACAUGUGUAUUUGGGUCUCGCGGACGGUGUGGCGGAUUUCUUCCACAAACCAGCGAUCUACGCCGGACGCCACGGAUGCAUCCUCGGCGCGCCGCUGGGCGUCUGCGUCGGCGUGCUCAACCUCGCCGUCAUCCCCACCGGCGGGCUGCUGCAGGGGAUAGGGUGCUGGGCCAAAGGCGCCGUUCGCCAGGUCCUGCGUCCCACAUUCGUCAAAAGCGUGCCCGAAGGCGCGCUGGGUGUCGAGCCACCGCCCAGAAUCACCCACACGGAUGGGCGGAGUUGGACGUUUAGGAGUCGAGGUGGCGGGCCGGGCGGGUUGGCGGGGUUGGGGACUGCGUGGGUUGAGAAUGCGGCGGCUGCGGCGGGGUUGGAGCCGGGGGAGUGUAGGAACAUUGUGGGGCGGUAUAGGAUGAUGGUGGAGAGGAAGAAGCAGGCGACGUGGUGGAGGCGGUUGGUGCCGAGGAGGAGGGAGGGCUGGGUCAGACAAACACAGGUGGCGCCCGUGUGAACUCCCCCCCGACUCGCUCGCUUGCCACCACCCUGCACAAUCAUAUUCUGGACC